ACUUUAAACAAUCUCUCCUCAAAUUUGUACCUCCUUUGAAAUAUGGCCAUUCCUUUUGCUCUAAAACUCCACAUUCUCCUCCAUCAUCCCAAAAAGGCUGUCAUAAGUGAACCCCACAUGGUUGAAAUCUCCACUUUCUUUUCUUCCUCAAAUGAUCGUCACUCAUCCAUCACCCUUCCGCUUCUAUAAAACCAAACAACUAUCGUCGAAGAUCAAAUAAAAUUAUUAUUGUCUUCAUAGUGUAUAUAUUUAUAUACAUUGUUCAAGUGGGUUUAAUGCUUUGAUUCUCAAAAAGAGAGUGGAAGAGUGAGAGAGAGAUAAUCAAGUGGCUGUUUCUGUUUCUGGGGAUCAUCAAGUACCUCAACCUGUCUCCUUUUUUUUUCUUUUAUGUAUAUAUUAAUCUACUGGUGGUUUCUACAUCUUUAAAGGAGUGGCCACUGCCCAUCAUUUUCAGAGAAGAGAUGAGAAUCCAACUUCUUCUGCAGAAUUUGGUUUCUUUCACCAUUCAUGCAAGUGUUUUUGUUCUUGUUCUUUUUCUACCACUUGUCAGCUCAUCUCAAGAGCACUCAAAAGCUACAACUCACGCAGGCAAUAAAGACUACCACAGUCAUAAGAGUCAGAAACUGCUGUUCGAGAUUACACUCCAUGGAUUUCUCCUCUGGGCCUCACUGGGGUUCUUGAUGCCUGUUGGGAUACUCGUUAUCAGAAUGUCAAACAGAGAGGAAUGUGGACGAAGGCUCAAAAUUCUUUUCUACGUUCAUGCAAUUUUACAGACACUUAUGGUACUUCUUGCGACGGCAGGAGCAGUAAUGUCCAUCAAAAACUUCAACAACUCCUUCAACAAUUAUCACCAAAGGAUAGGGGUAGCCCUAUAUGCCAUCAUAUGGUUGCAAGCCCUAGUUGGUUUUGUAAGGCCGAAGAGGGGGUCUAAAGCAAGAAGUGUAUGGUUUUUUGCCCAUUGGCUACUUGGAACUUCAGUAUCCCUACUUGGAGUUCUGAACAUAUAUACAGGUUUACAAGCCUAUCAUGAAAAGACAUCAAGAAGUAUAAGGCUUUGGACCAUCAUUUUCACCGCUGAGAUGUCCUUCAUAGCCUUCUUCUACCUGUUGCAAGACAAAUGGGUGUAUACAAAGAAGCAAGGAGUGAUUUUGGGCGACGAACCAAAAAGGCCUAUUGAUCAACACACAUCUCCAAGCGACACACAAAAGGAAUUGGUGGUCAAGUCUUGUUGAGGAAGAAAAUGAACUAAGGCCUUAAUUUUACUAACAAGGAAUUUUCUUUUUACCCUUGUCAUCCCAUUUUCUCUCUGGUUUUCUCUACAGUGGACUACUUGGUGUUUAUUAGUUAAGAAUACAUAAGGUGUUUAGUGUUGGGAUGGAUACAUCUUAUAAGAUGAAUAAGUACAGAUGUUUAUUGUUUUUCAUUUGACUUCAUCAAUAGAAACUGUUAGGAUUUGUGUUGGCAUAUUCAUUGUCAAAACUGGGCUGGUUGUAAUUCUAGGGUUAGUGGUUGAGUAGAUCUUGAGGUCUUGAGUUGAUGGUUUGAAAAACUUCAAAUAGAGUGCAAGAUAGAAUACUUCAUUCGCAACAA